AUGCCUUUCACCAAGCUCGUGAAGAAUUCCCCCUACUACUCUCGCUUCCAGACCAAGUACAAGCGCAGACGGGCUGGAAAGACCGACUACUAUGCCCGUAAGCGAUUGAUCAGCCAGGCCAAGAACAAGUACAACGCUCCCAAGUACCGCCUCGUCGUUCGCUUCACCAACCGAGACAUCAUCUGCCAGUUGGUGACUGCGGAAAUCACUGGCGACAAGGUUUUUGUUGCCGCGUACUCGCACGAGCUCAAGAGAUAUGGCAUCAACAACGGCUUGACCAACUGGUCUGCCGCCUAUGCAACUGGCUUGCUGUUGGCUCGCCGUGCUCUCAAGAAAUUGGACUUGGACGAGAAGUUCACUGGCGUGGAAGAGCCGGACGGAGAAUACAAGCUGACCGAGGCUGCUGAUGAGGAUGGAGAGGAACGUCGUCCUUUCAAGUGCUUCCUUGACGUGGGUCUGCAUCGUACUUCUACGGGUGCCCGUAUUUUUGGUGCGAUGAAGGGCGCUUCCGACGGCGGGCUGUACAUUCCCCACAACGAGAAGCGAUUCCCGGGUUACGACCAAGAAAGUAAGGAACUGGACGCCGACGUCCUGCGCAAGUACAUCUUCGGCGGCCACGUUGCGGAGUACAUGGAAACCCUCGCAGAUGACGACGAAGAGCGCUACAAGUCUCAAUUCGUCAAGUACAUCGACGCCGAGGUCGAGGCGGAUGGACUCGAGGAACUGUACUCCGAGGCCCACGCUGCGAUCCGUGAGGAUCCUUUCAAGAAGGACGAAGACGAAGGCGACAAGAAGUCUAAGGAGGAGUGGAAGGCCGAGGGCAAGAAAUACAAGGUGUCGAAGAUGUCCAAGGAGGAGAAAGAUCAACGCGUCAAAGAGAAAAUUGCAGCUCUUGCUUCCUGA